AGAGACGCGUGCUGCUUAGCCAUCUUACAUCCUACUGAGGUCAACUAUCUCUCAGACAACAUUCCACCGGUGAGAAUGCAUUGAUUUUGUCUUGGAUGGUUUUUGUGGUGACAGUUUCCUUCGGCACUCAGAACUGACAGGCUUCCCGAUCUAGCUAAACUUCCAGUCACCAGCAGCACCACAGACGAGCACUGCUUUAAGCCACCUCACAUCUUGACCAAAAUUAGCUCCACCAUGUUCAAUAACAGCUCUGCGUCCCUUCCCUUGGACUUAAACGAGACAUUAGUUCCUGAGUUUGCUGGGCGGUUGCUCUGUGUCCUAUGGUACUUAAGGAACCAGACCGUGCCCUACAGCCAGGCUGAAGAAGCCUGCUCCAUGUACUUUGAUGAGUCUGGGAGAACUGAGAUGACAGUCUUCUGUUUGGUGGUAGCAGUUUUCAUCAUCAUCGCCAACACAGUUGUGCUCUCGGGCAUUAUUGGAAACCGAGAACUGCAUAAGGCAUACUUCAUCUACUUGGCAAAUCUCUCCAUGGCAGACAUGGUUGCAGGCAUGGCCCUUCUGUUCUAUUCUACAGCAGGCCAGAUGGAAGUGACCAGUCUGUACAGCAAAAUGAACAUGAAAACUGUAAUGAUAAGUACUCAGAUCCUGUCUGCAUCUGCUUUGGCCCUUCAGUCACUAAACUCAUAUGUGGCUGUCAGGCAUCCCAUAUUCUUCCACAAUCAAGCUCACAAUGCCAAGCCUAUUGCGGGUUUUGCUAUCACAACAUCGUGGCUUAUCCUGUGCUUGAUGAGUCUAACACCCAGUAUGGGUUGGAAUUGUCUGGACAUGCCCACAUCAAACUGUUCCAGCUUUUACCACACCUCCCAGAUGGGCAUCACAGGAGCAACGAUGGUACUCCUGGCUAUCACUGCAUUGUUCGCAACUACAAGUGCAUUCAUCGCAUUGAAACAACGCCCAAAGAACAGGACAGCAGGUGGGCAGCCAGUUCAAGGCAAUACUCUGGGACAGCGUCACAAUCCGGCACAAAAUCAGGCAGGGCAAAAUCAGCCGAACAAUAUGGCGCAAAACAGGGCAGAAAGAAAGUACCAGAGAAGUCUGAACAAGAUAAAGACAGUAAUCGCUCAUGUGGUGGUCGCGUUUAUCUUCUGGCUCUUACCUCUUGUGCUCUUUCCGAUAUGCCGCAAUAGGGUGAACUGCUCACUGCCAACCGGACCACCUGGAAUUGUUCUGAUAAUGACCUUCAACUCAGCAAUCAACCCAAUCGUAAGCAUCGUCUGCACACCAGACUUGAGGAAGGGAAUCAGGAAAAACAUGACGGCCAUCUACCGGGGGCUGACUGCACUUGUCUCCAUGAUACGGGGUAACCGGGACAAUCCACAGGAUGUACAACAGGUGCCGCCAAACGCCACAUACAUGCAGGGAGGCGCCACACGUGCAGCUGAACAAAACACACCGACAGACCGGCCCGCCACGGAGCACAGCAAUACCCGUCAACCUGGCCAUGGCAUUGACAGAACAACCUUCACCCCGGCAAAGGAUCACUUGGAACAAUGAAACUUAUGUCAUGGUAGAACUGGCCCAGAUAUAGAGAACAGCUACAUACAAUAAUUGGUGAGUUCUAAAUCUUUUCUUCUGAUUUGAUCUUCUGUGGGCUGUACACAUUUAUCAGAGGUUAUGUGGGAAGGCUAUGAUAUU